AUGCUCUCCAACACUCUUCGUGCGCUUACAUUGGCCACUUUGGUCUCUUUGCCACAAUAUGCCACUGCAGAGGUUCACGGCGCAUCAGCGGUAGGCACAAUGGGCCCCGUCGCAUUCCUCUGGCCGGAAGACCGCCCAUGGUCAGCAGACUUUGACAAUAUUGCGCCAUGUGGCAGCAAUGCACCCAUCACCAACCGAACAUCGUUCCCUAUGAGCAAGGGUGCCGUUUCACUGUCGAUCAGCGAGGAGGCGUUCCACGUUGCUUUCCGCAUGGCCUACGGCAACAACCCAACUCUCCAAACCGAAUUCACCACCGAAGUUGUACACGACGUCGUCUCGGUCGCCCCUGGUCAUCAAUGCUACCCAGUUCCCAAGACCCCCAGUGAAGUUACCUCGGGCACAAAUGCAACCAUUCAACUAGAGUAUUAUUCCAAGUACGAAGAUGGCCCCACCGAGAAAUUCUAUGCCUGUGCAGAUGUUACACUCAUCGAUGCGGAGGUCUUCACGACCACCAUCCCUUGCUUCAAUGUUACCUCUGCUGAAUUCGAGCUCCCUGCUUCAAGCACUCCAUCUUCCGUAGCUGCCCCCUCAGCUGCAACCGGCACGACCACCACUACCGAAUCUAAGGGAAGCGGCAUCUCGACAGGUGCCCUCGCUGGAGCCAUUGUGGGUGCCACUCUUGGAGGUCUCCUGAUCUUUAGCUUGGUUGGGUUCUUCAUCUGGCGUAAGGUUUCAGCCAACAAGAAGCAGCAGAGUGAACAAUUCCCAGCCAUGGGACAAAAGAAUGUCGCUCCUUCUCUUGCCUCUGCUGAUACCCGGGUUUAA